UGUGAAUUACACAGAAGGGGAAAAUGUUGCUUAUUAGAUUGACUAGAAUGUAGCACUCACCUUCGACCACCCUCGUAAGACAUCAGUUUCAAGGAAAAAUGGCUUCGGUUUCCUCCCUGCUGCUCCAGCCGUGCCCAGAACAGUGCCAGACUCAGAAAAAGAUACUCAGUGUUUGCUGAGUGAAUUAGGAAAACGUUCAGCAGAGGAGAGACUAGGAUUCAGGCAGCUCAAUCUCAGGAAGUGAUUCUGAGACAUCCAGACCUUAGAGUAAACGGGCCAGAUCGCCUUCUCCUUCCUUCCCACACCUGUGCUCUCUUUACUGGGGAAAAGAAUUAUCAUUUGGAAUAGAUAAUUCCGAAAACAUGAGGACAUUUGCUGUUAUUAUAUUCACAGCUUGCUGUCACUUGCUACGGGCUUUUACUAUCACGGCUCCAAAGGACCUGUACGUGGUGGAGUAUGGCAGCAAUGUCACGAUUGAAUGCAGAUUCCCAGUAGAACAGGAACUGGACCUGCUUGCGUUAGUGGUGUACUGGGAGAAGGAAGAUGAGCAAGUUAUUCAGUUUGUGGAGGGGGAGGAGGACCUAAAGUAUCAGCACAGCAGCUUCAGGGGGAGAGCCUCGUUGCCGAAGGAGCAGCUUUUGAAGGGCAAUGCUGCGCUUCAGAUCACAGACGUGAAGCUUCGCGACGCAGGCGUCUACUGCUGCAUGAUCAGCUAUGGCGGUGCGGACUACAAGCGAAUCACAGUGAAAGUCGACGCCCCGUACCGCAAAAUCAACCAAAGAAUUUCCGUGGAUCCAGCCACUUCUGAGCAUGAACUAAUCUGUCAGGCUGAGGGUUACCCAGAAGCUGAAGUAACCUGGACAAACAGUGACCGCCAGUCCCUGAGUGGGAAGAAAACUGUCACCACUUCCCAGACAGAGGAGAAGCUUCUCAAUGUGACCAGCAGUCUGAGGGUCAACACAACAGCUAAUGAUGUCUUCUACUGUACCUUUUGGAGAUUACAGUCAGGGGAGAACUACACAGCCGAGCUGAUCAUCCCAGAAUGGCCUGCAGCACAUACCCCACGUAACAGGACUCACUGGGUGCUUCUGGGAUCCAUUCUCUUGUUCCUGGUUGUAGUGUCCACGGUCUUCUUCUGCUUGAGAAAACAAGUGAGAAUGCUAGAUGUGGAAAAAUGUGGCAUCAAAGAUACAAACUCACAAACCCGAAAUGAUACACAGUUCGAGGAGACGUAAGCAGUGCUGAACCCUCUGAUCGUCGAGGCAGGAUUGGCAGCUUGUAGUCUGUGAAAGAAGGGGGCCCAUGGGACAUGGGUCCAAGGACUCAAAAUGGAACCCGAGAAGAGAAGAGAACCGAGAGAAAAAAGUGUUAGAAGAGGAGCCUGGGACAAAGGACAUUUCUGCAGAAGACACUGCUAAGCAAGUCGCCCAUCAGUCACCUUGGAAAAUGACUUGAGAAGUCCUGACUUAACAGCUGGUCCUUGCACAAGUGACCUUUUCCUCUACCCAGUGUCGGGAUGAGAGACAGAGUCAUGAGUGUUGCAGUAUGAGUGCCUUCUAUUUAUUUUGAGUCUGUGUGUUCUUGCUGUGGGCAUGUGGUUAUGACUGGUGAAUUCUGAAGACAUGAUGUUAAAAUGUAGUCACGAAACUCAACUGCUGCUUAGCAUCCUCUGGAACUACUAGUACCAGCAGGAAACAUGGAGGUCACAUGGGUGUUUGACUGGCUCUUGCUGUCUGACUUGAAUAAUCUUUAUUCUCAAUCCUCGAGGCUCUGCAGUAGCAGUCGUUCUGUAUCAAUCUUACAGGUGUCGGGUAUAACACUCAAACUCUUAGCUCAUCACCGUAGCAACCCUCACCACCAUAGCAACCCAUGUGCUAACCUCUGUAAUACUCACUUCACAGCUAAGAAGCUGAGUGACUAAGCAACGUGCCCACAGAAUAACAGCUCUCAGAUUUCUGUUCUUCAGCCACUGUCCUUUCAGGAUAGAAUUUGUAGCUAAGAAAUUAAUUUAAAAACUGUUUAUUAAGUAGCAUUGUACAUCAUGCCAUGUGCACUGUGCUGUCCUCUGAGCAUAGAGAUGUAAGCCAGAGUACAGGUCGGAUUUGCUUGUGUUCAGUACUUGAAGCAAUGUUCAUUAACAAGGAGUCUGCAUUUUCAACACACUGGAAAGUAACUCUCCAGCUCGUUGUCUAGCAUUAUAUAACAACCUCUGGUUGUUUUCCUUGCCGUACAAUCUCAUGUUCUCCAGAAAGGGUCUAGUCUUGUUGAAUACAUUCUUGUUGAAUUUUUAAAAAUUAUUUUCCUAUUUAAAUGGUAUUGACAUCUGAGGAGAUAGCUCAGUUGGUAAAAUACUCUCCUCACAAGUGUGAAACCCUGAGUUUUAUUCCCAGAACUCACAUAAAAAACAGCUGCGUAUAUCUGUGCACUAGGGAGGCAGAGACAGGCAGAUGCCUCAGUGACCAACCUGCCUUGCUUGGUAAGCUCCAGGCUUACAGGAGAUGAGAAAUGAUGCCAACACACACACACACACAGUCCAAAUACACACCUAAGUGCACCCUCCUGCACACGGACACACAUACAUUCCAAACACAAAUUGACAGGGAACUGACUCAGAGUGGUCCCCAAGAGAGGAAAAAAAAAUUCCAUCAGCCUACCCACGAUACUUCUUUCCCAGAAGCAACUACUAUUGUUUUUUGCACAUAUAUUUUCCCAAAGACAGUUAAUAUAUAGAAAUAUAUGUUAAAGUAUCUAUCUAUCUAUCUAUCUAUCUAUCUAUCUAUCUAUCUACCUACCUAUCUAUCUCUAAAUGGUAGCUCAGUGUGCAUAUUCUGUGUACUUUGCCCUUUUUAUUUAAUGUAUUGAUACUUAUAUUGCUUCCAGAACUGAUCUAAAGGGAACUGCCUCAUAUCUAGGGUUUUUUUUUUCUUCCCAUUCCUCUAGGCACCUCUCACACUGUCUAGGCCAGAUACUGCUGCCUGUAUUGGUAGACACCAUUUAUAAAGCACAUACUCACCAAGUUUGUGUUUAGCUUGUUCUGUGUCUUCUCAAAGGAAGACCAUGAGUCCCCAGGGCAUACUGAGUCAACCCAGUACCAAGGGGGAGCUUUGUUUGUAUCUCCAUAGCAGAAGUAGAUCUGGAGCCAUUCUUGUUUCUUCCCUCACUUCUUUUCUCAAACACAGAUGCUCUACUCGGUUAUUACAGAUUCUCCCUGGAAAUGUCAGCAUUGCUCCUUGACUGCUGGCUGCUCUGGAAAAGCCCCUUAGCUCUGUGUGAACCCUUGAAGGCCACCUCCUCUCCUCACCACGAGGGCCUCUAAGAUAGUAUUUCCUAGAGGCCUUGAGAAUCAGUGUUCUCUUGGGUGUGGAGGGGAAGAAGAACCUAGAAAUUUCUUACAGUUUUCUUUGUUUUGCCACAUGUCAACAUUGAAGAAACAGGCAGGGUUGGUUGGCGCAUGUCUCCAGUUGCAGGCAGAGGCAGAGGGAGAGGCAGGUGGAUCUCUGUGAGUUUGAGGCCAGCCUGAUCUCUAGAGUGAGUUCUAAGCCAGCAAGAGCUACGUAGUGAGAUCCUGUCUCAAAGACUGGCAUAUCAGAACCCCCAGUGGUACUCCUUCUGUUACCUGUUCACACAUGCUUAUUUAAGGGAUGAUUCUCAUGUUAAUGUCAUGUUUGUAUGAAGUUUAAGAAAGGAUCUGGCUGGGCAACACGUUCUAUUUAUUCAUUUUAUUUGAAAUCUUAAUACCAUCUUAUGGUGUUGGAUUGGUAUGGCACUUUAUUCUUUUGUGUUGUGUAUAACCAUAAAUGGAAAUUUUAUUUUUCAUCUGAUUGUCAUUGUAAUGCAUUAAUUUAAUAAGAUAUUUUUAUUUAUUAAA